AUGGCUGACAUGGGUGGUAAUCUCCACCAGGAUCGCAAGCUCAUGCAUGAUACCAGCACAAGCAUCCACCGCAGCGACCAGCGCUCCACAUCCCCAGAAACGAUCGCAGGCAGCAACCACCUGACUGGAGGACGUGGUGGCGAGCACUCCGCCACGGAGGAUGGCACAAAUGAAGACGAAGAAGAAGACGACGUCGAUGACGAUGACGCCGAUGAAGAAGAAGAAGCAGACAGCAGCACCGCAAACGAUGACGAACUAGACGACGGUACUGAUGCCGAUGUGCCUGCCCCAUCUCAUGGCUAUGGCAAGGGAGGUAAGGGUAAGGGCAAGCGUCCUGCCAUUCGAGUCGAACCCGUCGAGGACGUCGAGACUCAUAAUGAAGAUGAUGAAAUAACACCCCUUGGAGCGGGGCUGAUUCCCAAUAAGCAUCCACUAAACUCACUGUUCAAGACGAACAAGAAACGUACAUACAGUAAUCUUUCAAGCACUUCAGUAUUGUUUGGAGAUGAUUCCACAGACCAAGAAUCCUUUCCUAGACGCAAGGUGGCGCGAAGGCUAAGUAAUGCGGUAACGAACCCAUUAUUGACGUACAAAGAGAAUGAAGAAGAAGCCUCUGUAACACAUUACGAAAAUGCCAUCGAGAGCGAUGAUGAAGAUUACAGUGGAGUAAAUCUCAUUCCUGAAGAUGAUGAAUCUGAUAUCGAGACAAUAGAGCGGCGGGAAGAGAGCUACAUUCUUCAAGAAGAGCAACAGGCUACUGCGCUGCUCAAUGACUACCGUGACGCUCGCCGGCUCAGUCUCGACAGUGUCGGAAGCGACAACAUAUUCGAUGUAUCUGCCCCACUUGAUGAUGUCUUCAUCUCUAGUCUUCCCGACUUUGGUUUUGCUCAAUUUUUCGAGCCACAGGCUAUUCCUGCCUCACCCGAACCAGCUGUCAAAAGAAAGUUCUCCGACAGCUCCACUAAACGUGUUCGAUUCGAUGAUGAGGUUCAAGUAUCCGACGAUUCCAGCUCAGAAUCGUCAGAGCUCGAUAGCAGUGUCUUUCCUGAUCUAUUCUUGGACCAAGAUAAGCUUCCCCCCCUUCUACAUCAGCUCAUGGAAGUCGAUCCUGAUGAUGAUGAUGGGGAUAUUGGCUCCCCCAUGUCUGACGGCUCCUUCUGGGAUUUUGGUCAAGAUGAGUCUCGCCUUGCUCAAGCCAACGAUUCGGACGACACGGACGAUGAGUCGUCCGCCGGCUCGAGUGGCUAUGAUUCCGACAUGGGUGAUACAACGGACGAGGAGGAUUUUGGUACGGACUUACCCCCGCAGACACCUAUUAAAAACCAGUCUGUCUUGCGGCAACCAGCUUCAGCACCAGGCUCUCGUGCUGCUACCCCAAAACCCUUCCAGCGCAGCUCUCGCCCUACUGGUCGCCAAAUUCCUCCUGCUCGUGGCGUCUUCAUUCACAACUCUAGCAAUGAAGCGAUUGCAAUCACCAACCGCUCGACUAAGACAGUCACGUUCUAUCGUCCCCGUACCACGAUGAUUCCGUGGAUUCCAAUGACCGGAUAUCCCAGUAGUACCAGUAGCACGGCAAAUGACAGUCCGCGGAACUCGAUUGCGCAACCCAAUGCCAAUGCCUCGGACAGCGAAGUCAGCAAUGAGGUCUUCAAUAAUACCAUCAACACAGACAUCAUGCUCAGUGGCAUCUUUGGAUCUGCGCCUGGCAAUGAGUACUUUUUCGCCAACGAGAGUGUUGGGCCUCCCGAGGCAUUCUACCCCUUUGUUAGCAUCGGCUCUGGUGGUCCCUUUAAUGCCAUGGACGAAGAUGAUGAAGACUCGGACGACUUUGAAGACGACCUGAACAUUGCCGACUUUAUGGACUUUGGCUCCGAAGGCGACGAAACCGACGAGGACCAGGAUGACGAUAUCGAGGAUACUGAUGUGCCAGCCACCCCAGCAACCUCAACAUUGGCUAUGGAUGGAUCUACCCCUGCGCGUCCCAUGUCAGCCACGCCAAUUAACCGCAAGAGGACUACAUCAGAUGUUAUGCUCGAGCAUUUUGAUCGUGGAGUGGUUACAGCCUUCCGAAACAACCAGAACCGCUUCCGCGAUGUAGCAUCCCUGCCAUCCGACCCAGCCGCACGAGCAUCAGUCUCUCGCCCAGUUCGCUCAGGCAAGUCUGCAGAAACAGUCAUCACGCCCCUUCGUAAACGGUCCCGGUCCAAUCGCAUGGCGAAGUCGCCCCUGAAGCCGGUCUCAACCUUUGGUAACAACAGCUCGCCACUCGGAAAAGUCGCCAAAGCCACUGGCCGUUUGCAGAAUAAUGUAAUGAGCCCGCCUCGGGGCCCUCCCCCACGUAUGGGCACCUUCUCUAAAGUGUAG